UUAAGACCAUCCAAAUUUACUUCUGCUUGUAACAGUCUCUGACGCCUGGGGAAAAAUAACUCUUCUGAAGAAGAACAUUAGAACAAACACGUAUCUGACCGGAUCACAAUGAACUUAGCUGCUGGUGUAAUAACAAAUGAUUUGAGUUUGUACACGGUACUGUAGACGAACUUCUAAGUGAACGAACUCUUGACUCUGCUGCGUGGCAUUGAGGACGGUGAUUCGGGAAGUGUCACGUGGACCUGGACGGCGCAACCAGGGCAGGAAGACACUUCAGACCGUUAUUCAGGACACUUUAAACGACUGCUGGGGAAUGCAGAUGAAAAGUAAUCACAUGAGAAAGCAUCGGCUACAGAUUAACUCAGAAUAAUAAUGGAUCAGUCCGUGGCAAUUCAAGAGACUUUGACUGAAGGGGAAAACUGCAUCAUAGCUGUGGAUUGUGUCUCACUGCGGGAUGAUGUGAGGGAGAACAGACUGAUGGGACUGGUGGAGCAAAACAAGGAACAUGCGUUAUUCAUGUACUCCCACAGAAGAAUGGCCAUCACUGGUGAUGAUGUCACACUGGAUGAAAUCAUUCCCAUUUCUUAUGACUUUUCAGUUGUUGAAGUUUCAUCUCCGGAUGAGCUUGCUGUAGUCGGUGCAGAUACUCGGGUGCGAGUUACAUUUUUUGAUGAGGAGUUGGAGCUAAGUUUACCUUUUGGCUCUCACACACGUCUGUUCCUCAGUGAAGUCACUAAAGCAUGGAGUGAUGUCUGUGAGCAAUAUCCAAAGGAAGAACCAAAAUUUGACUGGCUCACCAAAUAUCAUAAGGUGUCUAAAGGGGCUCGAUCCCUAAGGAAGUCUUUACCAUCAAUUGUUUCAACAACUUCCAGGAUGAGUCAGAUUAAGAAAUCAGAGACACCACACGCAACUGACAAUAGCAGACCGCACAAAGACAACGAACAGAAUAGAGGAGACGGUGGCAAUGAAAGUCAGGAGCGAGUGCGGGGCGAGAUGAGAGAUGACCUGAUCCGAUCAUCGCAGCCCAUCCUGUCAAACAAAUCUCAGAUGCUCGGGAUGCCUCAGUUCGGUUUGCGUGAUAACCUCAUCAGAUGUGAGCUUCUCAAGAAUGAGGACUCCUACACUUACAUCCAGAACUACAGCUUUUUCAUGGGCACCUACAAUGUGAAUGGCCAGAAUCCAAAGGAAAGUCUCAGUCCGUGGCUGAGAUUCACGCCAAAGCCUCCGGAUUUUUACCUAGUGGGCUUCCAGGAGCUGGACCUCAGUAAGGAGGCUUUUCUCUUCAAUGAUACUCCUAAAGAGCCGGAGUGGAUGUUGGCAGUCUACCAGGGUCUCCAUCCAGAUGCCAAGUACGCUUUUGUAAAGCUGGUGCGGUUGGUGGGCAUCAUGCUGUUGUUCUAUGUGAAGGCGGAGCAUGCAGCGCAUAUCUCUGAGGUGGAGGCGGAGUCUGUGGGCACUGGUGUCAUGGGACGAAUGGGUAAUAAAGGUGCAGUGGCCGUUCGCUUCCGAUUCCAUAAUUCAGAAAUCUGUGUGGUGAACUGCCACCUCGCCGCACACACCGAAGACUACGAAAGACGCAAUCAGGACUUCAAGGACAUUUGCCGCAGGAUGCAGUUCAGACAGCAGGACCCCACACUACCACCCAUCACUAUCAUGAAACACAAUGUUGUGUUAUGGCUGGGAGAUCUAAACUACAGGAUAAGUGACCUUGAAGCUGAUCAUGUGAAGGACUUGAUAGCUAAAAAGGAUUUUGAGAGCCUGUAUAAUCAUGACCAGCUGAAGAGGCAGAUGGAUGAAGAUGCUGUGUUUGUAGGCUUCAUCGAGGGAGAGAUUGAUUUCCAACCCACUUAUAAAUAUGACACUGGAUCCGAUCACUGGGAUACAAGUGAGAAGUGUCGAGUGCCGGCAUGGUGUGACCGCAUCCUGUGGAGGGGCAAGAACAUUAAACAGCUUCAUUAUCAGAGUCACAUGACCCUGAAGACCAGUGACCACAAACCUGUCAGCACUCUGCUGGAGAUCGGGAUUAAGGUGGUGAAUGAAGAGUCCUACAAGAGGAAAUUUGAAGAGAUCGUGAGACACAUUGACAGACUGGAGAAUGAUUGUAUUCCUUCAGUGUCUCUGUCUCAGACAGAGUUCCACUUCAAGGAUGUGAAGUUCAUGCAGUAUCAGGCGGAGACUGUGAGCGUUCACAAUGACGGACAGGUGCCGUGUCAGUUUGAGUUCAUUCCGAAGCUGGAUGAGCCCACCUAUUGCAAGCCCUGGUUAACAGCAAACCCAGCCAAAGGCUUCCUGGCUCAGGGUGCCAGUGUAGACAUUGUUCUGGAGGUGUUUGUGAACUGCUCUACUGCUCCAGGGCUGAACUCAGGCCAGCAGCAGCUUGAAGACAUCAUGGUUCUUCAUCUGGAGCGAGGCAAAGACUACUUCAUCUCCAUCACAGGCUCUUACCUGCCUAGCUGCUUCGGCUCUUCUCUCAGUACACUGUGUCUGCUGAGAGAACCCAUCCAGGACAUGCCACCUCAGACCAUAAAAGAGAUGAGUAUGAAGUCAAAUAAUCAAAUGAGCGACCCAGAGGCUGACAAACCUCAAGAAAUCCCGAAGGAGAUUUGGAUGAUGGUGGACCAUCUCUUCCGUUAUGCUAAAAAACAGGAAGAUCUCUUUCAGCAGCCUGGCUUACGCAGUGAGUUUGAGGAGAUUCGGGAUUGUCUGGACACAGGCAGCUUAGACACUCUCCCUGGUAGUAGCAACUCAGUGGCUGAAGCUCUGCUGCUGUUCCUGGAUGCUCUUCCUGAGCCGGUGAUCCCCUUCUCUUUCUACCAGCAGUGCUUGGACUGUUCCUCUGACAGCAGCCAGUGCAGACAGAUCAUUUCUAUGCUACCUCAGUGCCAUAAAAAUGUUUUUAACUAUUUAAUGGCCUUUCUGCACGAGUUGUUGAAGCACUCUGCACAUAAUCGGCUGGAUGUCAAUAUUUUAGCCUCCGUUUUCGCUGGCCUCUUGCUCCGGUCGCCCACAAAGCAAGAUAUUACAAAGAAAAGGAAGGAGAAGGAGUUUUUCCAUCAUUUCUUGGUCCAGAGCCCCUCUGACAGAGGCAUUCAUGACAAAUUACCUGAAUAAUGGACUGUAUCAUGCUGCCUACCAUUCCUAGUUUUUUUCAUGCCUAGGAUCAACAGAAUUAUGUGUAUAAACUUUGUAGUAGUUGCCAUUUAAUUCAAAGCAUUUUAAACCGCUAUUAAAACUAUUUGUUUUAUUAUAAAACUGAAGGGAGACUGAUUGUUUUUAUUUGCAAAAUAGUGGUUAUUUCAUGAAAUAUAUUUGUAUUUUGAUGUUUGUAAAUACACCCCAGCUGUUUUUAUAAUAAAAAAUAAACUGAAGUAUA